AUGGCGGAGCCAAUGUCAUUGAAAUUGGCAAGAAUAGUUUCUUUGGGGAUUAUUGGAACUCUAGGUUUUAACAGUUACAAACUACGCAAAGAGCAUGCGCAGUUGGAAGUAGCUAUUGGAAAAAUCGAUGAAAAGGUGUCGUAUGUGAUGAAUCAUCACAAAUUAUUGGCUGAAUGGCUUGGGAAUCACAAGGUUAUCUGUGAAGACCUCAAGGAGGUUGAUCAAUGGAUCUACAAGACGGAGGAAGAAUCUAUCAAGGAGAAGGAAGCACGCAAGAUGAAGGAGAACGAAAAGAAGGAGGACGGGAAGAAGUGA